AUGACGGCCAUCGCAACCAUAGCCUCCACGGACAUGGGGCUUCUGCUGAGAGAUGAUGUUUUUGUCGACUUUUUCAACACGUUUCUGAAUCUUCCCGUUUUUGGCCAGACACCCGUUUACAUCAGCAGCACGGGCCAGUGGGACCUCUGGCCAGAGCUGCCGAGCCUCCUGGUGAGAAAACACCCCUUGCAAGGAGGCCUAAUCCUCUCCUUGGGCGCGGGGUGUGCAACACAGGAUCCCAGCCCCACGGCUUUACUGGCUUGGCUGGAGAAGCACCGCCUGCCUCACUUCUGCAAAUCCAGCCUGUGCCUCCACCUCAUCCUCUGCCAGAAGCUCCUGGGUUUCAUUCGGUCGGGGGAAGCAGGGGAAGAACUGACCAAUUUCUGGCUCACCACCGAAAGGCUCCUGGGGCUUGACGAGUCAGAUGCGAGGCAGAGGGACCUCUACCUGUCCUUGCUCCACAGGCUGAAAGCCACUCACCUGCGUGAAGGCUCCAGCGUCAUCACUCUCUGCAGGACCAUCACUGGGUUGCUGCCGAAAGCCAGGCACGUUCAGCCCAUCAGCACCAGGAGAGAGAUCCUAAGCAAGAUGCAGGAACGAGUCCUUUUUAUGAUUCAGAGUUACUGGCUCCCUAAAUUCUUCAUCCACUGCAAGAUGGGCAUGGAGGAAGAGAACUCAUGCCAGCCUCUGCUGCAGGAAUAUCGGGAGCGUUUAUUACAGGCCAAUUCACAGGAGCCCUCAGGCUUUUCGGAGAAUCUCUUCACAAUGUAUAUUAAAAGGAGCCAGGGAUUGUCAGGGCCUUACUGCAGCAAGAAGGCCAAAGCGGAGAUCUGGACUCUGAUCAAGGGGGGAAGAGACACCCAAGAAAUGAAGAUGCCCAGUUUUCAUGUGCAACCAGAAAGGAAGCUGGGGCCAGCUUGGAGCACAAAGGAAUCACAUCUGGAUAAGGAUGCUUUGGGAUCGAUUCCUCAGCAGUCAGAGCAUCCUGCAAAUACUGCCUUUGGAGGCAAAGGAAGACUAACCUCUCCCAAAAGCCCUAGACCCAAUGCAGAGCAGGUCCUUCAUCUAGGAGACCUCUGUGAAGAGAAAGUCCCCUUUAACCUGCAUGCCUCUGCACCCCUUGUCCAGCUGCCAUCCCUGAAAAAGCCAGUCAAGACCUUGAGUUUCCUUCCCUGGGCCCUUAGCGCUGAGACCUGCGCGGGACGGCCCUUCAGAGACUUCUUGAAGCGCCAGGACCGGUCCAUGGAGACUCAUCUCCUGGACCUGUGGCAUGACCUGGAGGAAUUUCUGCCUGUGGCGCUGGACUCCAGCAGAGAAAACAGUUUCUUCCUGCGUCAUUUGAUUGGGGAGAAGAUAUGCAAGACCUACCUGGAGGAAGGCACCACUUGGCAGCUUCCCUUGGAGACCAGGACUCUCAGGAGCUUGCAGAACCAUCUGAUGUCUGGAGAAUUCUCCCCCUGGAUAUUCAGAGCCCAGAAGGAGAUUUGCAAGGUGCUCUGCUGCUUCUACGAGGAGUUUCUGGCUGACGAUGACAGGACAUUUCUCCAGUUUAUGUCUCCACAGAGAGAUGUCCCGAUGACCAAGAUGCAAGGCCACGCUGUUGGGAAAGAUGAAUGUUUCCUCCUGUCCCAGCGGAUACACCAGUCCUUGAAGCUGAGCCAGGCUUUGCAUGGCACGAGGAACUUGGAAGGUCUCUCCUCCAAGCACUUGCGAUUAAUUGCCACUCGGGACCUCCAGAAAAGGGGGUCCAUCCAGGCAGAGGUGGAACCUCUCCUGUGCAGCAAUGCUGUUGAACCCGAGAACAGAAAGAAGACUGUUCCUCUGAGAAAAACCAAAUCAAGUGCAAUGAAGUCCACCACUGUUGCAGUAGAGAAGCCAUCUGGAAGACCCAGGCACUUCAUGACAGUACUGCACAACCCUGCCCACCUGCAGUUCUUCAAGCAGUUCCUUGAGGAGCGCAAUGCAGAUGAACCACUGCGUUUCUGGAUGGCUGUGGAGAAGCUAGUUGCAGAGACCAACCCCAAGACAAAGAGGUUCCUCAUUAACAGCAUUGUCAGAAAUCAUUUCCGUGCUGAAAUCCCAGCUGAGGAGCAGCUGGACUGCCACACUUCUAUCAUCAGAGAAAUAAAUGAGGCCGAAGUAGUCAGCCCCUUCAUGUUGAUGACAGCACAGAUCUUCAUCCAGAAAGCAAUGGAAAAACGAUGGUUUAAAGAGUACCAGGACCUGUUCCCGCCAAGUGAUACACAUAGGUCUAACCUUCGUUUGCAGCAUGGGAUUGGUAACUUCAUGACAGAUAAGCUGCAGUGGGCCUGGUAUGCCAUUCACGACAUCAUCAAGAGCAUCUGCAAGUUCCGGAGGGAGAUGGACAAUGACAAACACCGUGCAGAGUUUGAGGACUUUCUCCGGCAGGAACUACGAAACGAGGAGGAAAACUUGCCCAUCAGAUCAACGCAAAGCAGCAGCACAGUGAGCAGUUUCCGCUCCCACAUGACCUCUGCCAGCACCUCAAUGGACAAGGAGAUGGUACUAGUGAAACGCCACCUGUUUAACCACCAGCUCAUUACCAUCAACUUCCUCGUUGACGACCUCCACUUUUAUCUGGAGAUCGACAAGUUUUCCAGGCUGGCUGAUUCAGUUGAAGCUCUGGCAGCCCGCAACAUGCGGCCAGAAAAGGAAGUUGCCUUUCUAAAAAGGAAAGUUGCCAUCAUCAGCAAACUCUUUCUGAACUCCGAUAUUCCCCCCAAAUUGCGGGUAAACAUCUCUGAAGAAGAGAGAGAUUUAAUCUGGAGUUUAUCUUCCAAGGGUCUACUGAACCGUGUCCUCUACCACAGGGCCAAGGUCAUCAUCUUCCCCAUCCUGAUGCACUUCUGGAGAAGGUUCUGCACCUGGAAGGUGAUGAGGAGCUUUCAGGUCUCUGCAAAGGACAAGGUGCCAAUCUCUUUGCCCAAUACAAAAGCCUCCUCCAAAUCAUCUGACGUCUACAAUCCAAUACUGCUUCAUCUCUUCUCGUCACCAGGCAAUCACACCAUCAUUGUCUUCACGCUCCUGAAAGGGGUCCAGAUCCUGCUGCCACAGCCCCAGAAGAAAAUGGAGCCAUUGGAGGAGCAAAAAGAUUCAGCUAGAAGUCUUGAAAAAAGGCUCUCGUUCAGCAAGUCUGCCUCCUGUCCUACAGAACAGGCACUGAGGGAAGGAGAGACCUCCGAGGAAGAACAGACCUCCCACCCUACCAUCCACACCAAGCAGGACAGGGGCGUGCUCCAAGAAAGCUGA